AGGUUUUGUAAAACCCUAUAAACCAGAAAUCGCCAAAAGGGAAAAGAACAGUAAAUGAAACUUGGUGAAUUCUGAGAGUACAAUCAAUGGCGAUCGCUAUCAGACGAGCAUUAACAUCUUACCGCAGCUUCUCUGGUGCAUUACGCGCAACUAAUUUCACCGCCCAUCGGUUUUCCUCUUUAGGUGGCUCCAUUUCUAGUCCAGUCCGCAGCUCUGCAACUAUUGGAAGUUUCCCCUCUUCUCCGCAAACCAAUUUUCUACUUGAAAGUCGCAGGGGUUUUGCUAAAGGAAGGAGGCAAGCUAGGGAGGAGGUAGAUGACGAUGAUUAUGGAAAUCCAGCGGCUGCUGUAAAUAUAGGUCCUAGCAUCAAAGCUGCUGCAGUUUCACAGAUGGAGGCAGCAAUUGAUGCAUUGUCGCGAGAAUUGGCCAAGUUGCGAACUGGCAGAGCAUCGGCUGGGAUUCUCGAUCAUAUCAUUGUUGAAUCAGGAGGUGUUAAGACACCUCUUUGCAGGAUGGCUGUCAUUUCAGUGCUUGACCCAAAAACCUUGUCGGUGACUCCUUAUGAUCCAAAUACCGUCAAAGAAUUGGACAAAGCCAUUGUUUCAUCUCCAUUGGGGUUAAAUCCUAAAGUGGACAACCAGAGGUUAAUUGUGCCAAUUCCUCCGUUGACUAAGGAGCAUGUGCAGGCUGUAUGCAAGGUGGUUGCAAAAUCAUCUGAAGAUGUUAAGCAAAGUGUAAGACGGGCCCGGCAGAAGGCUUUGGACACUAUAAAGAAAUCUUUGCCCAAAAAGAAAGACAAAGACAAGGCAGCUUCAGCUUUCUCGGAAGAUGAUGCUAAAAAAUUGGAGAAGGAAAUUGAUGACUUGACUAAAAAGUUUAUAAAGUUGGCAGAAGAUAUGUGCAAGUCAAAGGAAAAGGAAAUAACUAGUAGCUGAAAAAGCAAAUUUUUGUUUUAGCAGAGGCUCAUUUAGAGAUUCAAUUUUUGGCUGAGGCUGUUGAGGGAAAUACUUAAGCUCCAGAAUUCUUGCCUGCAAAGUCAGAAAAAGACACAAGACAUGUUCGCGUGAUUAUGCAGAUACUCGAAGGAAAAUAUUGUAUUUCUUUUUUAAGCUAUGUUGUUGCGUUGUUGGGUUUUAGUGGUUUACGUCCAAGAUCAUAUAUCUUAUUAUUCUGUGACAAGUGUUGAAUGUAAGCUAGAACGAAAGACGAGCAUAAAUUAAUGACCUCGUUUGACAUUUAGAGAUGAAAUAAGUUGGAAGUUUAAUUAAUUUUA